UAAGCGGACUGGCUUCGAGGGCGGUGCAAAGUGUCUCUGUGUCGUCGCCAAAGCGGAAUAACAACGCCAGUUCGGGUAAUAAAACAUAGGGCGUAUCGCACAGAAUACCGAACCGUAGAAAUUCGAUACGCUGGGCACGUUGACGGAGUUACAUACACUUCACUUGAUGAGGAAAGCCGAAACCGUGGAGUUGCAGGCCAACCACGCAAAGCACUUAACUCGAUUCCGACCCGUCUUCCGUCCUCCCCAGAAGAGCCAAGCCACAACAGAUGACGCUGAGGGGCGAACUUGCUGGUGGAGCAGCGCAGCUGUGGCUGCUCCUCCUCCUGGCCGCCGUUUCGGGCAGCUUGUGGGCUUCAGUGACGGCCAGGACAGGACCCCUGCACGACAAGGUGGUGGUUUGCUACAUUUCCACCUGGGCUGUUUACAGGCCCGAACAGGGCGCCUAUGCCAUUGAGAACUUCGAUGCCAACCUGUGCACCCAUGUGGUGUACGCCUUCGCGGGCCUGGACAUCACACAGGCGGCCAUCAAGUCGUUGGAUCCCUGGCAGGACCUUAAGGAGGAGUACGGCAAGGGUGGCUACGAGAAGCUGACGGGCCUGAAGCGCACCCAUCCGCAUCUGAAGGUCAGCCUGGCCAUCGGUGGCUGGAACGAGGGAUCGGCCAACUACUCCACGCUGGUAGCCAACAGCCUGCUGCGCGGGAGGUUCGUCAAGCAGGUGUCCAGCUUUAUACGCAAGUACGACUUCGACGGCCUGGACCUGGACUGGGAGUAUCCCACGCAGCGGAAGGGCAAGCCCGCCGAUCGCGAGAACUUCGUCCUGCUGACCAAGGAGCUGCGCGAGGAGUUCGACCACCACGGCCUGCUGCUGACCUCCGCCAUCGGGGCGGCCAAGAAGGUCAUCGACGAGGCCUACGACGUGCGGCAGAUCUCGCGCUACUUGGACUACCUGCACAUCAUGUGCUACGACUACCACGGCAGCUGGGACCAAAGGGUGGGCUACAACGCCCCGCUCUCGGCGCCCGCGGAUGAUCCGCUGAGUGUGAAAUUCUCCAUUGACUACCUGCUGAAGCUGGGUGCCCCGCCAGAGAAGCUAGUGAUGGGUCUGCCCUUCUAUGGACGCACCUUUAAGACGGUGGCGGGGGGCAACCUGAACGACCCCAGCGAUGGAGUUGGCUUCAAGGGUCCCUACACGCGCGAGGAUGGCUUCCUGGGCUACAACGAGAUCUGCCACACAGUGAGCAACCAAACCUCCGGCUGGACUCGAGAAUGGGAUCCCCAAACUAGCCAAGUGCUGGCCAAGUCGGAGCGCAACGUCUUCACCCAGGAGAUCAACGUGGUGACCUACGAUAGCUCCCGCUCCAUUGCCAACAAGGUGCUGUUCGCCAUGUCCAAGCGGUUGGCGGGAGUGAUGGUGUGGUCCGUGGACACGGACGACUUCCUUGGCAACUGCAAGCUGGACGAGGAUACGUACGAGGACUUCCAGAAGGUGACGGCAGCGCCGAGGAGAUCGAGCCAGAACUAUCCCCUGCUGAGGACCAUCAAUGAGGCCACCGUGCUGGCCGUGGAGGAGCUGGCUGUGCCGGAACCGAAGCCGGAUGACUCCGAGAACGAGAUCCCGCACGGCAGCAUCGCGGAUCGGAAGAACGCCGGCGCUUCUGUGGUCAGUUUGGGCCUCGGGAUCACCGCUGUCUUCAUGCUCCUGCACCGGGUGGCUCAGUGAGGAUGGAGGUUCGGCUCCACCGGUGGCCAUAGUCUAAGCAACACAUCACCUUGUUCACGUAGUCAAUAAAGUCCAAAUUAUAAUUUUUAAGACAAA